ACUCUAGUAAUAUUUAUGAGAAAUGAAUAUUUGCAAAAUGUAUGCAUUGCCUUGUUUUUCACCCCCUCUUCCGGCAGAGUUCAUCGAGAUGGCUCCCUCCAAGUUGGCAAUGAGUCUCCCAUCAUGGGUUCCUCUCCCCUUGGAGCGACCCAGCUGGACACAGACGGGGCCCUUUGGCUGGGUGGCUUGGAGAAGCUCAGCCUGGCCCACAAGCUCCCCAAAUCUUUCCUCACCGGCUUCGUGGGCUGCCUACGGGACGUGGUGGUGGACCGCCAAGAACUCCACCUGGUAGAGGAUGCUUUGAACAAUCCCACCAUAUUGCACUGCGCAGCCAAAUGAAGACGCCCUGCUUCUCUCUCUCUCUCUCUCCCUCUCCCUCUUCUCUCUCCCCUCCGCCCGGCUAUUGCUGUAAUUAUU